CGGAUUACAAAAUAUUAACAUACGCGAUAACGUCACCUGCUCAUCAGACUGCCGGCGAGUUUGGUAGUAGUGGAGAGCAUUCUCAUUAUCCUCGGAUCAUCUUCAUCUCAAACAAUACUUCUGACUGUGGUGAAGAAAAAAUCGUUGCGAGAAAAACUCGGGAUACUGACAUAAAUCGCCAAUAAAAAAUGAGAAUACUCACGGUGGCACUGAUUGGGAUACUGUGUUGUGAACAUGCUGGGGGCAGUGGGGGAGUGAGGGAGAGUCAUCCCUGCACUGUACAUCAUUCGAGGCGGAGUGAAUCGAUUGGGGAGGAUGAGUGCUUCCUGACGGAUGAGGAUCAUCAUCUCUGGUGUUUCGGGGAUUCUUAUCGACUGUGGAGUCAUAAUGGAUCAAUAGACCUGAAAACACUGACAAUCUGCAACUGGCUCCACCCGUCCAUCGAUCUUCAAGAUAUACUCUCAAAAUUUCCCAAGAUCAAGAAACUCAUAAUUGCCAACAGCAAUUUAACAACUCUGUCCAAGCCAUUCCCCAGCGACGCGAAACACCUCGAGAAAAUCCACAUCACUGGGACCCAGCUCCAAGGAGUGCCCAGGGACGCCUUCAAACAUUUAUCUGGUCUCAAAAUUCUAGAUGUUAGGAAUAAUGCUCUGACAGAGAUUGAUCCAGCUGCACUGGUUGCGCCCAAGCUGCAGCACAUACUGUUGGCAGGUAAUCCCUGGAAAUGUGAGGAUAAAACAAUGACCUGGAUUCUGAAUAUGACGCAUGGAUCUGUUGCCCGGAAAAUUGGGGAUAGAGAUAAAUUACACUGUGCUCAUCCGUACGAGGAACGACCUUUGCUGCCAGUGGUGGAAAUUAUUGCGACACUGAGGGAAGAGUGCAGUAGGACGGUUUGCGAAUGUGAAUUAGUUUACGUUGUGGGACGGGUUGGUAAACAAACGCAGAGGAACUUAAUAGCAUUUGUAUCAACGAAUUGCAGUCACCGGGGGCUGAGGGAAAUGCCGGAGUUUAUUCCUGCAAAUACGACUACGCUGUGGCUAGAUGGAAACCAGAUCACAGACUUGAGCCCUUUGAUAACGAAUCCAGUCUACCGACAAGUACUCGACUUAUACCUGGAUAACAAUGGAAUCGCAUCCAUCAAUCAGUUAGAGGGGUCUGUCUGGUUUGACAACUUCCGAGUCUUGAGUUUGAGAGGAAAUAAAUUGACCGACUUGCCCACGUAUGCAUUCGAGAACGUCCUCCUCAAGAGUGGAAAUGCUGUUAGUUUGUAUUUGGGAGAUAAUCCUUGGACCUGUGACUGCCUCUUCACGCCAGGAUUCCAGGAUUUAUUGAUACGCUACACAAAACUAGUGAAAGACGUCAAUGAAAUUCGUUGCCACUCGGUGAAAAAUUUAGAAAACCUGGACAAACCAAUACGUGACCUAACACGAACCGAAAUUUGCAUCAUCGAGAGUGAAACAAGUUGGCUGCAUCCACUGGACGUGUUGAACGUAUUUCUUGCAUCAAUGAUCAUCUUCAUUCUGGGAAAACUUGUGUACGAUUAUUGGUCCUUCAAGCGAACGGGAAAAUUGCCCUGGCUAGUCGCCAAAAUUCCUUGAGCACUUCAUGUUAAUGGUUUUAAUGAAACAAAUGAAAUAAAUUACAGUCAUUCAGCUCGAACUCACCCAAUCGUAAGUUAAAAUGGGGCCCUGGUGGCACUUUUCUACGAGAAUGAAGAGAAAUAAAAAGUUAUGCAAUUAAUUUUUUGAGAUUUUUCUGAACCACGUACCUGGAAUAUUCGAUUGCAUGAAUUAUUACUGGCGAACUUGUUGAAGGGUGGGGGCGACGUUGGGAGUUUGGAUUUUGCGUUGGGGGACCUGGGUUUCUUUGGACUCGUGUCUUUCCCCCUUGGGGAUACCGGUUCUUUCAAAAAAAUAUAACAUAAGCAUUCAAUAUUAUCAAUGAUCACGUAGGGUAAGCGGGGCAUGUACCGCCCAGUUGAGGAAUAAUUAUGUUUUUUGCAUUCAAAAUCCCAACUCUGAAUAAAACAGACUAUUUUCAAGUCUUCUCCUAUUCAUCUUGAUAUUCUCCAGUUAUAAAUCCUCGAUUACUUGUAGAAUUUAGUCGCUGAAUUAUUCUGAAGAUUUCCCGUUUAGGAGGUUUCCAAGGUUUCUUUGUUCGAAAGAAACAAAAAAAAAAAUUUGAAUGAUUAAUUAGAAACGAAAGAAACGAUAAAACCGCUCAGUUUUUUUACAAUUUUCCUUUUCCCAUUCUUGAUUAUUAUAUGAAAUAAGUUAUUGAGUUUUUCUAUUCUCAUUUCAAAGGCAUUUUGAAGGACAUUCUCAAAGGCAACAAUAGCUGUUUGAAUCAAAUAAUUUAUUUGUUAAUUAAUUUUUUGAAUCAAAUAAGGAAUUCUUCCACCUAAUGUCCAUUUUUCAGAGUUGAAUAUCGCAGAAACUAGGUAGUACAAAAUUUUACAAGAAAAUCACCAUUUUCGGAAUUCACCACCCAUUGCGGACUAGUUUUUUACGAACAUCGUAAGAAGCGUUUUCUCAUAAGAUGGAAAAAUCGAGUUCGGGGGGACCCAUAACCCCCGUUUGCCUCGCGUGUUAGAAGCCAGCAUUUCACCAUUUAUUAUCCUCUUUUAAAAGAAGAAUGUAACGUUUUUUGUCUGCAGUCUA